GGGGGGGCGGUAGAGAUCGUGUUGAGUGAUAAUGGGAUUGAGGGAGCGAGAGCGAGGCAGAGAGAGAAACGACAGACCGAGUGGGAGACAGCAUUGGGGGACACCUGACCUUAAGAAAGGAGUGUAGCUCUCUGCUAGCCAAACAAACACACAGAUACACACACACACACACAGUUCUUACAGGCAGAGGCGGUGAGCCAGCAAAGAGGAGCCUGUCGACCAGCAGCCAUGACAGACAUUGACUCUCUGAGCGGGGCUCUACAGGCUCUCAGUGUGAGUACAGAGCUGAUUGAGGAGGAGCUGAAGCUUCCUCUGGAGACAUUGCUGGCUGCUCUUUUGGAAAAGAAGAAGGAUGCUGCUGUGGAGAUAGCCAGCAGUGGGGUCCUGCCCUCCCUGGCCCAGGUCCUACGGAGCAGCAGCCCCCUGAGCUGCCAGGUGGCGCUGCUGGUGGCAGAGAUGGCCAGAGAAGCUGCAGUCAGAGAGCCGUGCAUCGAGGCCGGCCUGGUGACGGUGCUGCUGCCCCACCUCAGCAGCACCGACCAGGAGAUGCUGCUGAACACCGGCAGGGCCAUCGGACGCAUCUGCUUCGACAACUCAUUCCAGCAGGACCAGCUGGUGCAGAGCGGGGUCAUCCCCAGACUGGUGUCCAUCAUCAGGCAGUAUCCGGAGAACGACCCCCUGGUCAACGUCUGCCUGCUGGCCCUCUGUAACCUGGCAGACAUGGACUCAGCGAGGGAGGCCCUGGCAGAGCAAGGCAUGGCAGAGGUGCUGACCUUCCAGCUGAAACGGGCGCCUGACGCUGAGCGCCGACAUGUCAUCCUGGAAAUACUGGGGGCUCUGGGCGAGAGUGAUACACUGAAGCUGCAGUUUGCAGAGUCAGGAGUACCAGAGGCCUUAUCAGAGAUGAUUCGGAGUCUGCAGGGAGGAUCUGACCCCCACGACCUCUGCAGCAUCAAGAUCGCCUCCAACCUCAUCGUGUCUCUGCUGUUAGGAGAUGAGUCCAUGCAGAAGUGUUUUGGGGAGGGCUCUGGUGUGGUGUAUCAGGAUGUUCUGUCCUGGCUGCAGAGCUCCAACACACAGCUGCAACUCUCCGGAGCCCUGGCCAUCGCCAACUUUGCCAGAAAUGAUAGUAACUGUGUGAAGAUGCUGGACCUUGGGGUGGUUCCUCACAUCCUGACCUUGUUGGAGCAACAUGUGGACGAAGGAGAUGUGUCUGUUCAACACGCCGGACUGAGCGCGCUCAGAAACCUGGCCAUUCCUGCCACUAACAAAGUGCGGAUGCUGGAGGACGGGGUGACGGAGAGGAUAAAGAGCCUGCUGCGCUCCGACAUGCCGCCGGUGCAGUUCAAACUGCUGGGGACACUGCGCAUGAUGGUGGACGGACAUGAGGAGGCAGCUUUGGUGCUGGGGAGGGACGCUGUGCUGCUGACCCGGGUCAUGGAGUGGUGUGAGGCCAAAGACCAUGCAGGGGUCCGGGGGGAGUCCAGUCGCCUCCUGGCUGCCCUCAUCAGACACAGUCGCAGCGCAGAAGUGGUCCAUGCUGUAGCCAAAGCAGAUGGGGUUCGGCACCUUAUCUCCAUGGCAACAAGUGAACAUGUCAUCAUGCAGAACGAGGCCCUGGUUUCCCUGGCAAUAGCAUCUGCCAUUGACAUUGAGUCUAUGAAGGAAGCGUUUAGGGACUCUGAGUUGCUCACUAUGCUGAAGGAGAUGUUGGAGGAUCCUGUCGGGGCGAUCGAAGUCAAGUUCAGUGCUUUAGGUCUGAUCUGCAGCCUGGCUAACUCCAGUGUGAUGAAGGAGGAGCUGCACUCUGUGAAUAUGAAGGAGAGCCUCAGUAAACUGGCAGAGCACAGCAACAGUAAACUCGCCUCGCAGGCCAUCUCCAUACUGGCCUCUCUGGGUGACAGCAGCUAAAGCAGAACACGUUCCGUCCGGCUUAUUCAAAUGUAUUCAAAUUAUCCUACUGCUACCUAUUGAAAUGGCUUGACAAAAUGUAUCCUGUUGUUUGGCAAUAAUUACUUAUUUUGGAUAAGCAAGACUUAAAACUAAAAGGGGUUCAUCAACCAGGAGCAUGAAUGUGUGUCAAGUAGAGGAAAAUUGCCAGUGUCCAAAUGAAACCUCUCCAUUGUUUUGACAUUUCUUGUAGGCCUAGAAAGGAGAAAGUCAGAUAGUACUUCCCAUGAGACAAUUCAAAUUCAAAUUCAAAACCUUUAUUUAUCCAGGUAAAAUCCCAUUGAGAUCAAUUAUCUCUUUUUCAAGGGAGACCUGCAGCAGUAGGUUCCACAACUAUGGCACUAAAAGGGAAGUUCAAGAAGGAAACCAAAACAUCUACACAUUAUUCUGUCUGUAAUCUGGCCUAGUUGUUGUGGUUUGCUGCCAUGGACCAUGGUUAGUGGAUAGAUGAAUGAACUGACCUCACCUUCUUUGAGAUGUACUUGUCGUGAUGCUAGCCCAUGUUAAUAUAUAAUGUAUACAGAAAUGUCAUAUUAUCAAACGUUUAAUGUUGAUAUCUAUAAACGUUGACAUUAACUAAAUGUAAUAUUGAACAGAUUUCACAUAAUUGUAUUAGGUUAGUUGAAAGCAAUAAUAUUAAGUUGAACCUAAUAUUGGUUAUUGAACUUUCAACUAACCUAAUAGAGUUGUUAAAUCAGUUGAUAUAAUACACAAGUGUCAGUUCUGGCCAAAUGUAUUGCAUGAAGAGCCCCACAGAUUUCUGAAAUGAACCACAUUGUAUUGGUGCACCCAUAUCACGAAGAGACAACCACAAGGUGGAAUUUUUGUUAAAAAGAAAAUGUAAUCUCAUAGCCUCAAUCAAUGGACGGGGUUUGACAUUAAUCUAUGCGUAAAGCAAAAUACCUAUGAACGUUAAAAAGGAUCUGUGCAGCAAAAUUGUUGAGUUAAAAUUAUUUUUGAAUGAAUUUGAAUGUCAAUGACUUCAGUUACAAAUAAAAUGAGUGGCUAAUAUUGUUGAUAUCAGACUGAAUGGAUGCAAAUCAACUGCAUACAAUUGAGUUCAAGACUGAGAUAUUGCUUACAGGCUUAAGCCUGGUCUUACAGUCGAUAGGACCACACCACUGUAAUUCACCACUGUCAUUCUGAAUAACAGAGCUAUUAAUGUAGCCAUACUCACAAACAACACAACUGUGUGCUCUAGUAAUACACACUGACUUUCUCUAGUGGUGAAACAUUAUGACUUGAGUUUUACAACGACUUGGGUAAGCUAAGAGAGGUGCUGUUGUCAUCUGGAAGGAAACAAGCAGCUGUGUAUCGUUGGUCAUGGUUAAAUAGAUUCUGGUACUGGCUUUAAUGCCUUGCAAAGAAAUGAUGCUGUUUGUGUUACAAAUAUACUAGAAGUAUCGGUCUGUUUGUAUGUAUAUACAGGAUCAUUGAGAAGAGUGCAGGUGCACACCACACACACAAUAACAGAGUAACAGGAGUGAUGCACACCAAAGGUGGUGUGAGUGGGGGGCUAAGAACCUGCAGCACAUUAGAAUGAAAAUCCUCAUUAAAACUUCAUGGUGACAGGUGCAUGGACAUCUUCAUUGAAACUGUGUUUCCAUCAACAGUUGAAGGGAGAUCUAACCCAAUGAUAGGGGGAUGAUCAAAAGCAUGUGUUAUCAAACUGCCUGCACAUGUGGCUACAGCGUGACAGCAAAAUCCACCACUAACACAUUCUAAAUAAAGCUUCCUGUUGAUGAUAUAUCGCAAACAUACAUUUGUAAUCCCUCAGAGGGAUCCUAGAAGCACAAUGUGAAGAAGACACAUGCACAACAUAUCUGAACUGCAUCCAUUAUCAUAAUACAUAACAGUGUUACAGUGCAAUAAGCAAUGCAGUGUACAUUUAUAGUUUGGCAGCCAGAGGAAAUGAUGAAAUGUCUGUUCUAUUCAAUCAUGCAGCGGACAAGAGUUUUACUGUCAUAUUUUAUGUUAUAUUUGUAUCAAGAUGUAUUUCUCUAUACAUUAAUAUAUAACACCAACAUUUGUGAAAAUAUCUGUAUAUUUCAAAGUAAGGGAAUAUUUAAAAAAAAUGUAAGCUUUGUUCUAGAAACUGCAGAAUAAAGAUAUGCAAUGUCUUCCCCCA